AAGGGCGGGUUAAUAAUACCUCAAGUGCCUUUUUAAAUUUACAUAUUUGGUUUCUAGCCUUUAUCUUGUCAAAGGUGGUGUUACAUUCAUGUUGCAGUGAGAGGGGUAGUGGACUUUUGCUUGAGAUUUUGUUUAUUUAGGAGAAAUUAAGAUUUUAUAAAGUAAAUAAAAUCUACACAAAAUGAGUUUGUAUUUAGCUGUAAGUUGGUUAUUGGUUAACGAUUUGAAUAUUUUAGAACCAAAAAUGCAUAUGUCACAGAAACAAGCCAAAAAAAUCUUAUCCCAUUAUUUGUGCGGUUACAUAAUUCAGAAGACUCUUAUUAUACUUUCUUAAUAGGACUAACAUGAGAUGAGGUGAUGUCAGAAUAGGAGAUUUGUAGACCUCAUUCUUAAGUCUUCACAUCUAAAUUGGGAGAACUGAGCAGAUGGGCCUUCUCUACUUUUCCCUGUACACACCACUUACGUUAAUUAUUUAUUUGAAGCAGUUAAAAGACAUGAGCUGUAAAAUGUAGACAGCACCUGCAGGAUUAUUAAAACUCAAAAGGAGUCUUUCCCUCUGGUGGCUGUGGAAAUAAGAUGGGAAAACACUUAUAACUAGAAAAUACAACACGAUUAACAGGGACACACAGGGGAAUAUAAAGUGUAUAAUUAAACUACACUGACGCAUGGGUCACUUUCGAAUAAAAAACAGUGAUUUUCUCGGUGCAAAACUUUGCUUCUCCAUGCGCGCCUCUGGAUGUCAGCUCUGAGUAUCAGCUGGUGGUGCAUGUGGUCUCAUGUAAUCUGCUGUGCGCCCCCAACAGCAGCGCACAUCAGUCCGGCUGGAGGAGGACGCACUUGCUUUCUCACAGUGAUCACUUGGUUUCCUGUUAGUGAUACAGAUGUGUGGGCUUGCUACUUUAGUUGCAUGGGCGUGCGCAAAAUCGGGCGAUGAAUAACACAACCGGCUUGGAAGUGACAGGAGCAGGCAGCCGGGAUGAGUUACCGGCGUACCGAGCGUUAACGGGUUGCAUCCUGGCGCUGCUCAUCAUUUGGACUCUUCUCGGUAACUUCACGGUGUGCGUAGCCGUCUACCACUACAGGCACCUGCGCGCCAAAGUCACCAACAUCUUCAUCGUGUCCCUGGCUCUGUCGGACCUCCUAGUCGCCGUGCUGGUGAUGCCAUGGAAGGCUGUGGCGGAGGUGGCCGGAUUCUGGCCCUUUGGGGGGUUUUGUAAGACCUGGCUGGCCUGCGACAUCAUGUGCUCCACAGCCUCCAUCCUCAACCUGUGCGUUAUCAGUGUGGACCGAUACUGGGCCAUCUCCAGUCCUUUCCGCUACGAGAGGACCAUGGACAGGAAGGUGGCUUUUGUCAUGGUUGGGGUGACUUGGACAGUGUCGGUGGUGAUCUCUUUUGUCCCCGUGCAGCUGAACUGGCACCGGGCGGAGAUAGGUGACCCGGCCGGGGGGGGUUUGGCACAACAGGGUAAGAGUGUGGAUGGAAGCUGUGACUCCAGCCUGAGCCGCACAUACGCCAUCUCGUCCUCCCUCAUCAGCUUCUACAUCCCCGUUGCUAUCAUGAUCGUCACAUAUACUCGGAUUUAUCGGAUAGCCCAGAUGCAGAUCCGGAUGAUAUCUUCACUGGAGCGCGCAGCCGAGCACGCGCAGAGUUGUCGCUCUGAUGUACCUGAGUUGUUUCCUCACCUGCGCUCAGACCUCAGCCCCGCUUCAUAUCAGGCUCAUAUCAGUGUCCACUCCGCUUUUCAGGACACUGAUCAUUCACACCGAGAGCUGAAAGUCUCAAUCAGAAAAGAGACCAAAGUCCUAAAAACCCUGAGCAUCAUCAUGGGAGUGUUUGUUUGCUGUUGGCUGCCAUUCUUUGUGCUGAACUGCGCUCUGCCCUUCUGUCCUGGUCCCGGGGCCCACCGGGGUCCUCACUGUGUCAGCGAAAAAACUUUUGACGUCUUUGUCUGGAUCGGGUGGAGCAAUUCAUCCCUGAACCCUAUCAUUUAUGCGUUUAACGCGGACUUUAGAGAUGCCUUCCUGCGCCUUUUGCGGUGCCGCGGACGGGGAUGCUGGGCCGCCGUGAGCGCAGCGGUGGAGACGGUGAUGGCGGGCACCGGGUCCGGACACAUGAGGCAGGACAGCCCGCUCAACUCCAAGCUGGGCGUUUCUUUUGCCAUGCGCACCAGGGGAAGUGAAGACAGUGGGAACACCACGAUGACUGUGUUAUAUCAUAAAGGGACAACCUCUGAGCAGGUGACGGACACCGAGGAAACCCAGGACAAAGACAGACUGACACAGAUACCCAUCUGAUCCACAACAGACACCCAUCUGAUCCACAGGGUGCGGGGGCUCAUGGUGAGCGCAUCCUUAAUCCAAUCCAACAGGCCUGCAACAAAAAACAAAUGAGAAAUGCUCUGCACACUUAAUAUCACAAAGUCCUGCAGCCGUGGCAUGGAAAACCCAUCAAACUAGAAGUCACAUGGUGCCACGUUAACACCCAUUAUCCCAAAAACAAUUGCUAAAAAUAAUGUCCUAAAGAAAGAACAUUGUGUGCUUUUCAUGUGCAUAGUUAAAACGGGGAUAAUGGGUUUUAUUUUGUACGUAGGCUAUUAUGUGAUGUCCUAAUCGCUGGUGGAGUAGUCAGAUAUAGUUCUGCAGCAAAGCCUGCUGUGUGUUUACAUGAAUGUCUGAGAGAUAAAGAAUAAUUGUUUC